UCAAACAAUCUAUCACCCUAAUCACCAUUUUCGUCACGUACCCAUCCCAUCCCCGCUCCAGGCUCAGUUAUUAACCGAUGUUCUCUCCAGGAGUGGUCGUGACCUGUUAUUCCUUGAUCGUGAGGCAGGCGCACAAAUACCAGCGGGAAAUGAGCAGGAUCGCUCGAGGAGGACCGAACAAGGACGGAGACAUGGCGACCAUUAUAAACCACGUCGGGUCCGUGCGCAAGACCCAGAGGUCACUCCGACUCCACAACAAACUCAUUAGAAUGUCGAUGGUGGUGGCGGGCGGGUACGUCCUGGGCUGGCUCCCCUACGCUGCCGUGUGCAUGUGGGCUACGUACGGCGACUACCAGCACAUCCCCAUAGAGAUUCGCGUGGGCGCCUCCCUCAUCUGUAAGUCAGCCACGGCCUACAACCCCUUCAUUUACUAUUUCAUGAGCGAGGGCUUUCGGGCCGACCUGCGCUGGUUGGGUCGACGGGCAGGGUUCUCCACAAAGGCCACCGCCUCAGGGUCCACUUACCAGCCCUCUUUUAGAAGCUCCACCAGAAGUAGCGUCAAGAAGUCGCGAGACCGCACGAGGGAGAACUCGCUGAACCUGAUGACGGCCAGCGGGAAGGACUCCAUCUCCACGUGCAUAACGAACGGGAACUUGGAGACGCCCCCCACCCCGCUCUCGCUCUUAAACAGCACCGACGCCGCGGAGGAAUACUCCAUGUAUGUCAUGCCGAACCCGAUUCUCAUCUCCAGUGGACUGCAGGCCAAUUACAAUGGACUCCCGCUGUCGAGUUCGGACCUGAAGCACAUGGACAGGUGUAGCACGUCUCUCCAAGGCUCGCGGAAACUGAUUUCGGAGUCGACCCUUUCAUCUGACGACAAAAUUGUCCUCAGCUACGGUUCCAAGGCGAAGCUUACGAAAUGCGAAAACAUUCCUUUGCGCUAUCCAUGUAGAAGGUCGGUUUCCUUCUCAGUGUCCCCGACCGGGUCUCCCACGAUCACCAGAUCUCCCUCAGAAAAGAUCAGUGGCCACGAGCAUCCGUGGAGGACCAGCCGGUCGAGAUCCCUCUAUGGCUUUAGAGAAAACAGAAAAUUGAGGAAACAAAGGGAUUUGACCAUCUGUGAGCGCAUGGGACAGACGGACAUUUAACGAACUCUCCCGCGUCUAGUCACUUCGAGCAUCUUUUAAAACUUCGCCAAAGACCUUGCCCUCAGUCUCACUAAAAUGGCGGGACCGCUGCGCUACUGAUUCACGUAAACUCCUCAACGGUUCGUUUCCAGUCUUUUAAAUGUUUAUCAUACAUACCACUAGGAUAGAUCCAAGUCUUCUUAAAACAGCGAGAGGGAAACAAAAUUACGAAACUCAGAAAAAAUAAAAAGCUAUGGCCUUCCACCUUUAAAUCACAACCAGUAUUAUAUAUCUAUAUCCACCAGCAUCGAUUGCUACUUAUACACAUGCACAGACGCUUAGACAAAUACUAAAGAAUGCCUUUUUGUCGAAGGUAAGACUUCUACUUUAACAAUAAUUCCACUGAAAACAAACAGGACGCAGAUGAUAUUAAGCAAAAUUUAUAGAAUUGCACAAAACAUGACUGUAUUUACACUAGUCCGUCCAACACGACGCCCUUUUGUUCUGAGGCAAAGAUUCAAGCGAGAGGUGGGUGAUAAUUGGCUGAAAUGCAUCAUGUAUUUCUGACGAUUAUGAUCACCAUCAUACCACUUAUCAAAGAAUUAUCAUCUCCAACCUGUCAAAUGCAUCUUUGCCUCGAUUAUCAAAGACUGAGUAUAGUAUAGCGAUGAUAACGAAUAUAUAUGAAAAAGUAGUUAGGCUAAUUACGCAAACCUACACACACACUCCCAGAUUUUAAAACAACAGUCAUAUACAACCACAUCGACAAUAAUAAAUGUACCGCCGAAAA